AUGUUGCACACCGGGCAGUCCGCAGAUGUGAACAUUUUGGCGGGAGAUUUGAACAACCAGCCGUUUGAGCUGGGGCUGAAAAUCAUCGAGUCUAACACUGGGAUGGAUGAUGGCUGGUUGACAGCGGAACACAAGAAUGCAGAAGACUCCGGUCUGACGUGGAAUCUUGAUGACAACAACUACACCUGUUACCCUGACUACCCGCCCUGCAGAUACGACUAUGUCUUGUAUAAGGGGUCUGCCAGGUGCAGGGUUAGGUGUGUCCACUGUGAGACCACCAUGCACAAGGUGCCCGGAAAACCCUUCAACUACUCCGACCAUGAAGGCGUGGUAGCACACCUGGAACUGGAGAAGGUGACAGGACAGACUCGAGUAGCACCCAUCCCGCAUGACCUGUCGGGAUGUGACGCGUCCCUCCGCCAGGCGAUCCAGAUCCUGGAGGAGAAGAUCGGCUCCGCAGCCUCCAGCCGGCUGUUCUACACGGCCGCCCUCCUCCUCUGCCUGCUCCUGAUGUUACUAACCACCUGGCUUCCGCUCCAUCACCUCGUGACGUCACUGCUGCACCUCCUGCUCGGGCUUCUCAUUGGCUGGAGCUUCUGGAUGGGCGCCGUCGUCACGGAGAUGGAGAGGAGGGGUUGCCUGGCAACGAAGAGUGGCAUGGAGGUUCUCCUCAACGCAAGCCCGAAGAAAAGUAUCUAA